CGUGAUGACGUCAUUCCACGGCGUCAGCCAAAAUGGCGGAGUAUCUGGCAUCUAUUUUCGGCACGGAAAUAGACAAGGUCAAUUGUUCCUUCUAUUUCAAAAUUGGAGCUUGCAGACAUGGAGAUCGCUGUUCAAGAUUGCACAAUAAACCAACCUUCAGCCAGACGAUAUUGAUUCAGAACAUCUAUCGCAACCCCCAGAACAGUGCACAGACAGCCGACGCAACGCGCUGUGCCGUCAGUGAUGUGGAAAUGCAAGAGCACUACGACGAGUUCUUUGAGGAGGUCUUCACAGAGAUGGAAGAGAAAUAUGGGGAGGUGGAGGAGAUGAAUGUGUGUGACAACUUGGGUGACCAUCUUGUUGGCAGUGUCUACGUCAAGUUCCGCCGUGAAGAGGAUGCAGAAAAAGCAGUCAUGGACUUGAACAACCGCUGGUUUAAUGCUCAGCCCGUCCACGCCGAGCUUUCCCCAGUCACGGACUUCAGGGAAGCUUGUUGCCGCCAGUACGAAAUGGGAGAAUGCACAAGAGGGGGCUUCUGCAACUUCAUGCACCUGAAACCAAUAUCGAGAGAACUUAGACGAAAAUUAUACGGACGCCGCAGAAAAAGGUUUGGACGCCCAAUUCAAUCCAAGGACCGGCGACGGGAUCGCGAAAGACGACGGUCGAGACACAGAGAACGCUCGGGAAGGUUUUAAGUGAAGAAAAGGCUUUUCAUGUAACACUUCUUUCUCUAAUACGCCGACAGUGAAAAAGGAAUUUUGUGUUUUGAUGAAUUAUGACAAUUAUUUUUGUUUUAUCCCCCUUUUUUAUGUAACGAUUAUGUCACUUUCACAAUAAAACAGAUUUUGUUACUCUG